CCGCGGAGUUCGAAUCUGCGGCGCUCCCGGACUCGCGGUGCUCCGCGUCGCGGGAUCGAGCCCCGCGUCGGCCCGCCUUGGGGUUGGCGCCGGUCAGCGCGAUGCUGUUCGACAAGGUGAAGGCCUUCGUGGUGCAGCUGGACGGGGCGCGCGCGGGCUCCGAGCCUGCGUUCCGCGGGGGCCAGGCCGUGGCGGGCCGGGUUCUGCUGGAGCUGGCGGGCGCGGCGCGCGUGGGCGCGCUCCGGCUGCGCGCCCGGGGCCGCGCGCGCGCGCACUGGACGGAGUCGCGCAGCGCGGGCGCCAGCACCGCGUACACGCAGAGCUACAGCGAGCGCGUGGAAGUCGUGAGCCACCGCGCCACGCUGCUCGCGCCAGACUCCGGGGAUGUCGCCACGCUGCCCGCCGGACGGCACGAGUUUCCCUUCAGCUUCCAGCUGCCGGUCUCCCUGGUGACCUCCUUCGAGGGCAAGCAUGGCAGCGUCCGCUACUCCAUCAAAGCCACCCUGCACCGGCCCUGGGUCCCCGCGCGCCGCGCCCGGAAGGUGUUCACCGUCAUCGAGCCCGUGGACAUCAACGCGCCCGCCCUGCUGGAGCCCCAGGCUGGGGUCCGGGAGAAGGUGGCGCGGUCCUGGUACUGCACCCGUGGCCUCGUGUCCCUGUCGGCCAAGAUCGACCGCAAGGGCUACACUCCAGGCGAGGCCAUCCCUAUCUUCGCGGAGAUUGACAACGGCUCCACCAGAGCCGUGCAGCCCCGCGCCGCCCUGGUGCAGACGCAGACCUUCAUGGCCCGGGGGGCACGCAAGCAGAAACGCGCUGUGGUGGCCAGUGUGGACGGGGAGCCCGUGGGCCCUGGUCACCGCGCGCUGUGGCCCGGCCGUGAGCUGCGCAUCCCCCCCGUGGGCCCGUCCAUCCUGCACUGCCGCGUGCUCAGUGUGGACUACUCGCUCAAGGUCUGCGUGGACAUCCCAGGCUCCUCGAAGCUGCUGCUGGAGCUGCCGCUGGUGAUCGGCACUGUCCCCCUGCACCCCCUGGGCAGCCGCUCGGCCAGCGUGGGCAGCCGCUCGGCCAGCUUCCUGCAAAGCUGGGGCCUGUGCCCCCGGAUGGAGCGGCCAGAGGCGCCUCCUGAGUACUCAGAGGUGGUGCGGGGGAGCCAGCCGCCAGCCGCCUCCCAGGGCCCCUGCCCCGCCCUGGGCGACCCCGGGGCGACCCUGGAAGGGCCCUACUUCGCCUGUCUCCAGGAGUUCCGCUACCGCCCGCCUCCGCUGUACUCUGAGGAGGAUCCUAACCCCCUCUCAGAGGCCGUGAGGCCGCGCUGCAUGACCUGCUGAAGUGAGAAGCGACGCCUCGGUACCAGGUUCACGAUUCUCGGCCACUGGCGUCGGCGGGCGGUUUUGUGGGAAACAGUGAGGCCAGUGUCUUCCGACCUCGCACAGCACUGAGGAGCAGCACGUGACUUCUGUGGACCGGCGUCCCCUGAGCCUUCCAGUUCUCUGCAUCUGACCAGUAGACUUCCCUGGAGGACUGUAGCCAGGGAGAGUCCAGGGUUAAUACUUGGUCCCUUGGAACCAGAACCAGAGGGGAAGCAGAAGGCUUCCAGAGGGCAUCCCAGCUGAGGCUUUGACGUUUGAACAGGAGCUCGGCACGCAGACAAGACAGGAAAUGGCUGGAGCUCAGAGCGCCCACCGCCUCCAUCCUAGGGUGGGGAGCCCAGGUGUGCAGGGCUUAAACAUGGCCACACUGUAAGGUGAGCAGGACGGAGGCCCAGGGACAGACGUGUAGGGGAAGUCAGUGAGGUCCGGGGUUCCAGCUUUUGAGGACUGGGGACGGGGUGAGUCCAAGCUGUGUGUGUGAUC